GCGCAGGUUGCGGAUGGACCAGCCAGAACUCGUCCAGGUUGGAUAUCCAUUCUAUUUUCCCCCAAAGUCGGCCAAGAUUGGCUGCUCGGGCUCAAAUAAUGUGUUGCCCUAAUUGAUCCCAUAAAAUGUCAUCAAGAACCAGGAAUAUGCGUGCGGACCUUUAAAUUUAUUUUCCGACAUAUGAUAUGACGCUUUUGAUUCCACUUUUUGCCACUGAGCAGCGACACAUAAUCUAGUGACAUUGACGCUUGGGAGGAUACGGAUAACUGGCAAAGGGCAUGCUUCGGACCGAGCAAGCGGCGAUUGAGGCCGUCAUACAUCCGUCGUUUUCUCGUUUUUUUGAAGCCCCAUACUCCGAGCAUAUUCCCUUCCAAGAUGGUCCAAACAUAUCCUUCAAUGGUGAAGUCUCGACCUUUCUCGCUGUUCCUGUCAAGCGCAAUGAUCGGCUGUUGUCUUCUCAAGUCGCAUCUGGGCCUCAUCCAGCGGCUCCUGGCUCAUUCAUAUCCCUUCUUAAAUCCAAGAGCACCAACAGUACGACUGGCUCUAGUGGAUCUAUCGGGGGGUUGAAAGCAUCGGCCAUGCAAUACUUGAAUUUCAAAAGGGCCUUGCUUCCUUCUAUGCUAGCACUAUUGAGUCGCAUGCACGUAGACAAAGAUUUGAUGCAGUCAAAUACGGCCCAAAGAGACUCUACAACGUUGGAACCGAGCAACCCUGCACGUAUGGAUGUGCAAACCGAUCCGGCCGCCCCGGCCAAACUUUUGUUGAGUGAAGCGGGAACUUAUCUUGCGGAGGAACAAAUAGGCAACACUGGAGAUGCAGAGGAACAUCUUCGUCGUGAGGCCAUCUAUACCACUGGAUUGCUCUUGCCAAACGAAGCACACUGGUACUCGUUGAACGAGCUCCGAAUACAUGCUGGCGCUCCCGAACGCUCUGAAGUGGGAAUUGAGAGACUCUCCCACUAUUACGCCCAACUUUUGUAUUUAGAGCCCAAAUUUCCGUUUGAGACGGACGAAAUUCAAAUGAACUUCACUUGGUAUGAAAGCCUCGUGCCCGAUAGAAAAGUUGUCACGAAUUGCAUUCAGUACGAGAAGGCAAGCGUUUUGUUCAACAUAGCCGCCGUGUAUAGUAUUUUGGCAUCCGCGCAGAGCCUUUGGACUCCUGAUGGAAAAAGGAAGGCAGCUGCCUAUUUUCAGAAAGGUGCCGGCGUCUUGGUUUAUAUUCGGGACAGAUUGUGCGCACGCUUCAAACCGAAGCUGGAUCGGGCCAGUGACCUCAACGAGUCGACCUUAACGGCAGCGGCCGAGCUCAUGCUGGCACAAGCAAUGGAAUGCUUUUACGAAAAGGCAAAUGACACAAAAGCGAGCUCUGGGGUAACCGCAAAAAUUGCAGCGCAAACAGCAGACUUUUACGAAGUCGCUCGCCGGGCUGCUGAUGCCCCAACAGAACUUUGCAAAGCACGAUUUCCAAAGUACUGGUCAGAUCAUAUCAAAUCUAAGACAUUUAUGUUUACGGCGAUUGCCCACAUGCAUACUGCUCCUCAAUCCGCCGCCGAUUCUGCAGUAGGAGAGCGCAUCGCGCGAGUCUCCGCGGCAAAAGAGGCUGUAGACAAGGCUGCUAAAUAUAGUCGAGAAGUUGGAGGGGCUUUACAUGAGCUGGUCCAGGGUCAUGCAAAUAUCAUCAACACGGCUUACUCGUUCCUUGUGCAUGCUAACUUUGAGCGUCACCACCAUCCGUCCUUUGACAGUCGCCUCCUUCCACCUCUAAGGCGGCCUUUGGAAUCCUUAGUAAUCGCUUCACCGUUGGAGGAUGCAAUAACUGACCCAAAAUCCUUCAAAGAUAUAUUUGGCGCGAUCAUAUCAGCUAUUGACCAAGCAAGCGGCCCCCGUAAGCCAGGCAACGACGAUACACGGUUUGAUGGAGGUGGUAACGGUAGCCAUCCAGUCCCUCCUCCUCGACGAAGGGGCCCACUACCGAACCCGGUUUUGAAGGACCCUAUUGUGUCCGCUAACGAGCCAAUAGCCACCUCCCAAUCUGUCCCACAGCCUAGCCAAAAACGGUGUACAUCUCCUGCAUUGCUUCGAUCCCACUUGCCUUCUAUGGGACUUGCCAAUUCCUCAGACAUUCCGCCAUACAAUCCAGCAGUUGUUCGGAUCCCUUCGUCUUCUGCGUCCGUUGAGCUGCGAAACUUCAUCAAGGCGAGCCGUGAUGCUGAGAAGAAGAAGGCAGAAGAAGCUGAAGCACGAGAUGCAGACGUAAGAAGGAACGCAUCAAAGCGAAAAGGCAAAAUGCCUGCCAGUCUUGGAGACAAAGAUCGCACACCAGUCUUGCAUGAGCAGACUACACCCAUCAUAAUGGAGCAGGUACAAAUUGACAAUAGCCGCAUCGAACACUGGGUUGAGGAGCAGCGCAGAAUGUCGAUUGAUAGCGGCACUCAGCCAGCCGUGGUGCAGAACAUCAAGAGGACAAGGCAACAGCAUCACAUGCAGCGGAUCGGCAGCGAUGCCAGCCGUCUGAUACAUACUGGGACGCAAACACCCCCCCUGAACAUGAAUGUCGAGACUCGAUCCCGAACACACUACAAAAGAAUUGCUUCCGCAGCAGCCGCAGCCGCAGCGGCCGGUGUGUCGGCUGCAUUUCAACAUGAAGACCGCGAUUUCACCGAGGCGGAGCACGCAGCACCAGGACACUCUCUCCCUCGCCGGGACCCACCUGCAACGGUCAGCUUUGAUGUACAGGGUUCAUUCAAUCCUCCUGCACAGCCAACGGAUCACAAGAUCCGACGUAAGCCAUCUGGGGGCUAUCCAGUCCCUUAUCAUGCUGGAGAAGGAUUUGAGCCGGAGCAUGGGGACGAAUACCAGAAGGAACAUCGGCGUGAUGAUAAUCCUGACGUUGAUGUGAUAGCAGCGGCAGCUGCUGAACCAGCAAGACGUGAAAGUACUGGUCUUCACCACCGGGUGGUCUCACACGGCGGAGGUAGAGGUGCAGGGGGAUACAAGGAACACAAUGAUGUUUUGGUUAGAGAGUUUCUCAGUGGAGAUGGUGUGCGAGAAGGAUCUGUUAGCCAGACUGUUGAAAAAAUUGAACAAGAACGCCGACGAUCAGUGCAUAAACCAACGUAAAUAUCUACUAUUACUUAUUGCAUGAUACUUAAAUAGAUGACAUAGAAGCCAAGAAUAAUUGAAUUCUUGUAUUACUGGGCAGAAGAAUCAACAAGUGAACACCCUCUAAAAGUGAUCC